GAAGCUGCGUCUCAGUAGCCAUGGCCAUCGCCCACCUGGCUACGGAGUACGUGUUCUCGGACUUCUUGCUUAAGGAGCCCACCGAGCCCAAGUUCAAGGGGCUACGGCUGGAGCUGGCGGUGGACAAGAUGGUCACAUGCAUCGCGGUGGGGCUGCCUCUGCUGCUCAUCUCGCUGGCCUUCGCGCAGGAGAUCUCCAUUGUCAGACCUGCCAGUAAAGAAGCGGACAAGAGCCCAGGGGCUUGCCACUUUGUGGUGACUUUCUUCAGAAUUCUGGCUGUGUCAGUGCCUUUCAACAAGUACUGUGGUGAGGAAGCCUCACCCAGGAUGCCCAGGAAGACAGCCUUCAGCCGAAUGGCACAUGAGUGUGUAAGAAGCCUCUUCAGAAGAAAUGGGGUAAAAGGAAGAGGCUCUCUCCCUAUUUGACUGUGAUGCUUAAAUGAGGUGAUGAUUGAAAGGACUUGUUGGUGUCCAGUGAACAUUGGUUGCCUGCAGUGUUUUCUUGACCUUCUAUUUCAUGUUAAGGAGCUCAAUAUGUUGUCAGUCUCUAUUUGGACAAGUAUUUGGACAGAUGUUCCUAAGCAGGCUACUACUUACUAAGAAAUGUAUCAGAAGUCAUCCAUUUGUUGACCAGGGACCUCCCGUCUGCCUGGUGUUUGGCUGUUGCUUGCAUAAACCUUGGUAAGUGUUGGCACAGGAAGCAUUCACAAAAUCACAUGGAUGCAAGAGCAUUGUAAAGUUAGCCCUGAGCCCUGUGCCAUCCUGACUAUGUGUUUAUAAAGUUCACAUUUCAAGUUUAAUGGGAUAAGAGAGUCAGAAGGAAACUUAAACUAUCUUAGUCACCCCCAAUGCCCACUUAUGCCACUGCUGGAUGGCAAGGUGUGCCUAUUAUAGGACAUUGUGUGGUGGCUUAUGACUUUUCAUGAGUGUCUCCUCCCCAAGGUCUUAUUCGGAAGUCCUUUCUUGAUGUCUGUGGGCACGA